UUAGACCCGAGUGGCUGCACUUCGUUCUUUCUCCGUGGGCCCCCUAGGACAGCUGGGAAGAAUUCCAUCUUGAACUGAUUGGAAGUAAAAGGGAUUCCUUGGCCCCUCUCCUGUUGGGCUGGCUGAAGUGACCCAGUCUUGCUGAGGCAGGAUGUUCCUCGUGGGCCUGUCAGGGGGCAUUGCCUCAGGAAAGAGCUCAGUAGUUCAGGUGUUCAGGGAUCUGGGCUGUGCUGUGAUCGAUGCAGAUAUCAUUGCUCACCAGGUGAUAAAGCCAGGCUAUCCUGCCUACUAUCGUAUUGUCAAAGCUUUUGGACAUGAGAUCCUGCUAGAGAAUGGUGAGAUCAACCGCCAGGCCUUGGGAAGCAUCAUCUUCCACCAGUCAGAGAAGCGGAAACUGCUGAAUGCCAUUACCCAUCCAGAGAUUCGUAAGGAGAUGCUGAAGCAGAUCCUGAAGUACUUGGUUCAGGGGUAUCGGUAUGUGAUCUUGGACAUUCCCUUGCUGUUCGAAACUAAAACAAUGUUACGAUUCAUGAAGCAUACAGUGGUGGUGUAUUGUGACCCCCAGACCCAGCUGUCACGCCUGAUGCAGCGGAAUGGGCUGAGUCGAGAAGAGGCUGAGGAAAGGAUUGCAGCCCAACUGUCCCUGGAAGAGAAACGCCAGCUGGCUCGGCAUAUCCUGGACAACUCGGGGGAGUGGGAGGUCACACGCCGACAGACCCUCCACCUGCAUUCCCAACUAGAAGAUUCCCUGGACUUUUUACCAUUAAGGCUUGGCCUGUUUGCUGGGUUUCUUGGCAUUAUAUACCUAUUUUCUCGGCACCUCUUGCUUUAAUAAGCCCCAUCCCCUUAAACACCCACCUCCAGGACCUGUUUGGCACAGCCUACUGAGGCUGAGGCCAACCGGUGGGUCUAGAAUACUGUCCAGUAGAAGUGGUCUUUCAUAAUGUUCUAUUCCAUAACUCCCUCCCACAGACUCUGAGCUCUUUCCUUCCUCUUCUAUUAGGCAAGAUUGCUGGGCUGAGAAUUGGGGAAAGAUUGGCACUAUUGUCACAAAAGAGACAACCCACUCCUGAGUCAGGAGAUUGACUUAGUGCAUGUUUUAAAAGAAAGCUUCCUUUCUCCCCUUCCCCUCUUUCAUCUGCAUCUCAAGUGGCUCCUAUGGAGCUUUGAGUAAUUAUAGCUCCCUAGUAUAGCAUGUUGUUCCUUGCUAGGAACUCAAUAAAUGUCCAUGGAUAAACA